AUGAAGCUUCUGCUUCUCUCAGCUCUUUUUUUCGCAACGGCCGACUAUAGUGAGGGCGGAAAAGUAGAAACACAUCUUAAGCCUAAAGAAACCGAAAUUUCAGCUAGUGUCCCAGCUCGGGCAUACACAAAUCACGACAAAGUGGCAUGCAGACUUUGAAGCUCAAACGCUUUUAUUCUCGAUCACUUUUGGCAAAGUUUCAGUCUCAUCGAAAUUUAUCUUUACUCAAUUACUGUAAGAACCCUCCGCCUCUCUUGCUGAUUGGCUUCUCGGAUCACGGGCAGUUGAAUCAUUCUGACGCGAUUGUAUGGAAAAACAAUGAAAUCCUUGUAAGGAAGAUUUUUUGACUUUGCAUUGAAUUUUUGCGAAUCUCAGGACAGUUAUAUCAACCGAGAGUUUGAAGUUGAAACAGACUUGGAGCAGGACUGGGAGCUCGUCAGAACUAUCAAAAACGGCGUUAUACUCAGUCGAUCGAUUAUAACAUGCGAUCCAAUGGACUACGCUUUCCAAGUUUCCGUUAUCUUUUUUCACUAGAAAAGAAAAAGUUUCCAGACCGGAACUACUCAAUUUAUCAUUGCUGCCAGUUGGAGAGAUGAUGUUAGCAACUUGGAAAGUAGUUCGUUUCUGAAGGUUGUGUCAAAACAUGUAUCAUUCUCGCAAACCCUAUUCGCCACGAUUUGAAACAGUCUACUCAACUGCCUUUUUUUUUCAUCGGCAGAGUCAUAGAAAUAGGAAAAUAGCCGGUAUAAACGAGAACGUCUCCAAAUGAUAUGAAAAAGAGAACGAUUAGACCGCUUCAUUUUGUGGCGAAUAAGUAUUACCUAAUCGAAAAAACAGGAAAUGCGCUUUGCAAAAGUACUCGGAGAAGAAGAAGAAACGACGAAUCUUGAAAAUGACGCUUUUGAUUUCGAAGUCAUUGCGGAUCAUGCAGAAGUAAAACGUCUAUUUAUCUUUUUUUAAGGCUUUUCUUCAGAUUCCUACUGAGACAACGAACUACUGGUGUAUCAUAAAACCUCUUCCAGUGAAUAUUCAAUCCAAAAAACAUCACAUUGUGGGGGUGAGAAAUACAAUGAGAAUAGAUUUCCAUUUUUUUUUUCAAGUGAUAAUCUACUUUUCAGAUGGAUGCGGUAGUUCAACCAGGCAACGAACAUCUAGUGCAUCACAUGGAGGUUGUGGAAAUGAGAGGAAAUAGGAAAAAAGGUCGUUUUCAGAUUUUCCUGUGUCUUGAGAACGAUGUACAGCCUUUCAGCGGAAACUGCAACGAUCCAAAUAAACCAAAAGCCAGUAGAUCAUGUAGCCAUGUGAUCGCCGCGUGGGCCAUGGGCGAAGGAGUAAGUGGAUGCCGGAAAUGAUUCCAAUCACUCUGUGUAGCCGAUAUCUUACCCUUCGGAAGCGGGCUUGCCUAUUGGAGGAAAAGGCUCUAGUCGAUAUGUCAUGGUCGAAAUCCAUUACAAUAAUCCUGGAAAUCUUGCUAAUGUCAUUGACAAUUCUGGAUUCAAGUUCAUUGUGACGCCUUCUUUGAGGUUUGUAAUAUUUUUUUAAUUCUCCGAGACAGUUUUUUUAAAUAAAUUUUUUUCCAAAACCGUUGGCGAAUGGUGAUAGAGAAAGUCUCAAAAAAACCUUGCUGAUUUUCUAAUUUUCAGAUUUCAGAAUGACCCUCUUUGUUGAAUCCUGCUUCAAUUCUUUAAUUAAUGCCUGAUCUCAGAGAGUAUGAUGCCGCGAUCAUGGAGCUUGGACUGAUUUAUUCUGAUGCGAAUUCCAUUCCUCCAGGACAGCUGGAGUUUGCAAUCAACGCCCAUUGUAUCUCGGAAUGUACUGAAAAUGUAACUCUCGUCAAUAUCUCUCGUUUGGAUUUUCGAACACUGUCAUUCCAGCUUCCCGCAGGAGGAAUAAACAUUUUUGGCAGUCAACUCCACGCUCAUUUAACUGGAACAAAACUAUGGACUAGUCAUUACAGAAACGGCUAGAUAUCAUGUUUAAUCUUCAUUGAAAUGCUUUUCAGGUGUAAAAAUAGGUGAGGUCAACAGAGACGAGCACUAUUCGCCACAUUGGCAGCACGUGCAAUCAGUCCGUCCUUACGUCAAUGUCCGCCCGGUACAUAGUACAAUAAUCAGUUUGUAUGCGAGAGACAGAGAGUUUUUCAGGGAGACAACUUGAUAACGACCUGUGUCUAUGAUACGACGCGACGACAAAAAACCACUUUAGUACUGCUUUUUCGAGAGAAAUUGGAAAUAAAAUGGUCUCAGGAAAAAAAAAGAAAUUCAGGGAGGGUACGGUAUAGAAGAUGAAAUGUGCGUCAAUUACAUUUACUACUACCCUGCUUCUGAAAUCGAAGUCUGCAAAUCGGCUAUUUCGAACUCUACUCUACGCCAAUACUUUAAAUCUAGGUUUGACAAGGAAAAAUAAAAGAUUGAUUUGAUUUAAACUAUUGGAAAUGAAAAAAUUGUAGACAUGGGCUCGAAGAAAAAACAAUGUCCAUUUCUGAAAUGUACAACGCUGUGGAAUGGAACGAAAGAAAAUCAGAAGAACUCCGCAAUCUCUUCGCGGUUUCCCCGUUGAACAUGGCAUGUUUGCAACAGGACUCCACGCUCUUCCCGGUAAAGUGUCAUUCAAAAACAGAUCAAAAAUUGAGACCAGAGUCAUGAAUGGAGCGAAAUGAAGCAGCCGACACGCUUCUCAGGCGCUUUUGUAAAAACUCGUGACUCCUACGAAUGUCCAGCAAUCAACAAUUGA